AUGCUCCUGCAGCGCUCCGCCCUCGCGAUCGCCCGCCGGGUUGCCGUCGCCCCGGCUGUCCGCCGUUCCCUGGCCACCUCCGCCGUGCGCCGUGACGCCGUUCCUGAUACCAAGAUCAAGGGCAUCAAGGAGGUCAAGACCGUUGACGACCUUUUCGGCCCCGGUGCCCCCGCCGGCACCGUCCCUACCGAUGUCGAGCAGUCGACUGGUCUCGAGCGUCUCGAAAUUCUCGGCAAGAUGGAGAGCGUUGACGUCUUCGACAUGCGCCCUCUUGAUGCCUCGCGCCUCGGCACACUCUCCAACCCCGUUCUCGUCCGCUCCGCCGGCGAGGAGCAGUUCGCCGGUUGCACUGGUGUCCCCGCUGACUCCCACAACGUCAUCUGGCUCGGUAUGACCCGUGAGCGCCCCGUUGAGCGGUGCCCCGAGUGCGGCAGCGUCUACAAGAUGGAGUACGUCGGUCCCCAGGAGGAUCACCACCACGAUCACGGUCACGGCCACGGCUGGAAGGAGCCCAAGACCAUGGCCGACUACGUCAAGCCCGAGUACUGGUAA